GGAGGGGAGAGAGAGAGGAGCGGGGACGAGAAAGGGGACAACCGAGCGGAGAACGGCGGGCUUGUCAGGCACCGGAAACGCGUCACUGGCCCGGGGCCGCGUCCAGUCAGUGUCCCAAAAUGGCGCCUCUGGACCUGGACAAGUACGUGGAGAUAGCACGGCAGUGCAAAUACCUCCCGGAAAACGACUUGAAGCGACUCUGCGACUACGUAUGUGACUUGCUUUUGGAAGAGUCUAACGUCCAGCCAGUGUCUACACCGGUUACAGUCUGUGGGGACAUACAUGGGCAGUUUUAUGACUUGGGAGAGCUGUUUAGAACUGGAGGACAGGUUCCUGACACAAAUUAUAUUUUCAUGGGUGACUUUGUGGACAGAGGGUACUAUAGUCUUGAAACUUUUACCUACCUCCUUGCAUUGAAAGCAAAAUGGCCUGAUCGCAUUACACUCCUCAGAGGAAAUCAUGAAAGCAGACAGAUCACUCAAGUCUACGGGUUCUACGAUGAAUGCCAAACAAAAUAUGGAAAUGCUAAUGCCUGGCGGUACUGUACCAAAGUCUUCGACAUGCUCACAGUGGCAGCAUUGAUAGAUGAACAGAUAUUAUGUGUGCAUGGUGGACUUUCUCCUGAUAUCAAAACCCUCGAUCAAAUUCGAACCAUAGAGCGUAAUCAGGAGAUCCCACAUAAAGGAGCCUUCUGUGAUCUCGUAUGGUCAGAUCCUGAGGAUGUGGACACCUGGGCUAUCAGCCCUCGAGGAGCAGGAUGGCUCUUUGGAGCGAAGGUUACCAAUGAGUUUGUCCAUAUCAACAACUUGAAACUAAUCUGUCGAGCACAUCAGCUAGUUCACGAAGGAUAUAAAUUCAUGUUUGAUGAAAAGUUGGUGACUGUAUGGUCUGCUCCAAACUAUUGCUAUCGCUGUGGAAAUAUUGCAUCAAUCAUGGUCUUCAACAACGUAAACUCAAGGGAGCCAAAGCUAUUUCGGGCAGUUCCAGAUUCAGAGCGUAUAAUUCCACCAAGAACAACAACGCCCUAUUUCCUUUAAAAUAUAUUUUGUUUCUGGUCAAAAUUUUCUUAAAAUACGGUGUGCACAAUGGACUGUAAACAUGCAUUGUGUUGUGUAGAAAAGAUUCAAGAUGUAGAAUUUCAACCAUUCUAUCAAAUUUUAAAUGCUAAAUUGAAUAAAGUGGUCUAAAGGGCUGCCUUUUUCUUGUUUUUAAUGCUAGCAGAUAUUGAGAAGCUGAUUUAUGUGCCCCAGUAAUUAAAAAAUUUGUACAUUAAAAUUGUAUUGAUCAGUU